AGACAGCCUGUCCGGAGCUAUAUAAAGAGUCCACCGCUGCUCUGCAUUGACCGUGUCUGUCUGAAUAAUGAUAAUCAGUUCUACUCUUCCCUCAAAGCCACUGCACAAGUAAGACCUUUCCUUGGGACUUGUCACGUUUGAACACCUUCCCCAAUAAGCUUCGACCCAUUCUUUCGUCAUUGCCCUGGACCAUCUUUGAUUAUUCUGGGCCAUUGCUUUGAGCCUUUGAGGUAGGUCCCGGCAUCCCUUGUUGGCAGCUGUGACUCAGCUCCUCACCGUUUAUCUCUUUAUCUCUGGAGCUCCGUGUUCCUUGCGCCUUCUGUGUAUCCUUCUUAUCGUCCCCCGCUAGCUUGCCCAUUCUAUUUUCUGGACUUAUACCUCCCCAGUGCCGCCCUUUGCUUACUUCUUUGCCAGUAAUCAACAGCCCUCUUUCUUUUUUAUCAAACAUACUGCACACAGUCACCCGCACAUCUCCCUCGCCAUGGUGUCUCCCGCCCAGUCAGAUCCAUCGCUUCCUGAUGUGCAUAUCAACGGCAAUAGCAGCAAUCAGCUGCCCGUUCGCCCUGCACCUAAACUAUUUGGCAGUAAUGAUGGCGCCUCAUCAGGUGCUGGGACUCCAAUUGGCUUUCAGAGACAACCGCACAACAAGAUUCUCGACAAUGUAGCAGGGUCAAGUGUUCGGCUUCCGUCCCCUCAGCCGACUCAUCUGGCCAUUCCGGGCAGCCCUCACCGAAUUCUGUCCGAGGAGGACCCCGGUUACAUAGCUGCAAAGUUCGAGGGCAAAGAGCAUCAAAUGGAGCAAGUUAUGGAUCAAUUAGAAAAGAAGGGUUUUAUUCCCGCAGAGUUCGUCGUGGGAGAAACAGAAUGGUUCUAUAACCAGCUCGGUAUCGAUGAUACAUACUUCCAGACGGAGACCGUUGAAGCCAUUGUGACACAAAUCCUCUCUUUAUACGCUGCUAAGGUCGCAGCCUAUGCGCGCGACGAUAAAAAGCUCGAAAUCCGGUUAGACAAGGAAGCAGAAGAUCAUGCUGUCUAUAUCGACACCAGCAAGCCUGGGUUCUCCAGUGUUGACGGCCCACGCUACGAACAGAGAAUUGACAAGAAAUACGUCGACGGUUCAACACGUGAAAACAGCUAUCGCGUUGAGACCUUCCGCUCUCCCACUCCAGUUCCUGGCGAUGAUGGCCAGCAGCUACGUUGCUACUUCGUGUACAAGUGCCAAUUCGUCAACCCUAACCCUGAUCCCAACGAGACAAACAUUGAAGUUAUUGGCGAGAAGAGGUUCUUGCAAAAGGCAACGGCCAACACCAAGGCCGUCUACCAGGAGAUCAUCAGCAAUGCCGUUUCUCGGGCCGGUCCCGUUAUUGAGAUGUUUGAGAUUGAGAAAUCUCGCGAAAAGCGUCUUGUCAUUGCCUACCGCCAAGGCUCUGCAAUGGGCUUGUUCAGCGCCCUCUCUGACCUUUAUCACUACUACCGCCUCACGAGCUCGCGAAAGUACUUGGAGAACUUUUCAAACGGCAUCACCGUCAUCUCGCUCUACCUACGUCCCCUGAAGAACGCGGAGAUUGCUGCUAAGUAUCCUCCCAUCGAGGCUGCCAUCCAUCAAAUCAUCAAGGAAGUCUCUCUUCUGUACUGCGUUCCGCAGAACAGAUUCCAGCAUCACUUCGCCAGCGGACGUCUUAGCUUGCAAGAAACCAUCUAUGCCCACUGCGCGUGGGUCUUUGUGCAGCAGUUCUUGAACCGUCUUGGUUCAGAAUAUACCUCUCUCAGCGACCUCUUGGAUUCAAACAAUAGUGCCCACGCAGAGUUGCUGUCGAAGAUCAAGAAGAGGUUGCGUACGGAGACUUUCACCUCCGACUAUAUAGCGGAGAUUGUUAACAAGUAUCCUAACCUGAUCCACAAACUUUAUCUGGAUUUCGCCAACACCCACUACGUCCAAACCCGUGGCCCGACGGAGGAUGACUUCCUCCCGACACUGAGCUACCUGCGUCUUCAAGUCGACCAAGUUCUGGACGGACGGCAGCUGAAACAACUCAUUUCCAGCACGGCCGCCAAUGAGCAUGACGAAAUGGUUAUGAGUGCUUUCCGUGUCUUCAAUGCGUCGAUUCUCAAGACAAACUUCUUCACACCAACUAAGGUGGCUCUGAGCUUCCGGCUUAACCCGGCCUUCCUUCCAGAACAUGAGUACCCUCAGCGACUAUAUGGAAUGUUCUUGGUCAUCAGCUCUGAAUUCCGUGGAUUCCAUCUCCGCUUCCGAGACAUUGCUCGAGGUGGUAUCCGUAUCGUGAAGAGCAGAAACAAGGAAGCAUACAGUAUCAACGCCCGUUCAUUGUUUGACGAAAACUACAAUCUCGCCAAUACACAACAGCGGAAGAACAAGGAUAUUCCCGAAGGCGGAGCCAAGGGUGUCAUCCUUCUUGACGUCAACCACCAGGACAAAGCUCGUGUUGCUUUCGAAAAAUAUAUCGACAGUAUUCUAGACCUUCUGCUGCCUCCUGUUAGCCCCGGAAUCAAGGACCCUAUUGUCGAUCUAUACGGCAAAGAUGAGAUUCUCUUCAUGGGCCCUGAUGAGAACACCGCCGAAUUGGUUGACUGGGCUACUGAACAUGCCCGGAACCGCGGCGCACCUUGGUGGAAGUCCUUCUUCACAGGCAAGAGUCCCCGUCUAGGUGGUAUCCCGCACGAUACGUAUGGUAUGACCACCUUGUCCGUCCGCCAGUAUGUUCUUGGAAUCUACCGCAAACUCAAGAUUGAUCCCUCUACAAUCCGCAAGCUGCAGACUGGUGGGCCCGACGGUGACCUCGGCUCGAACGAAAUUCUCCUGGCUAAUGAGAAAUACACUGCCAUCGUCGAUGGAUCGGGUGUCAUCGUCGACCCUCAGGGGUUGGACCGUGAUGAGCUCGUGCGCCUGGCCAAGAAGCGGGUGACCAUCUCUGAAUUUGACGUGACGAAGCUCUCACCUGAAGGCUACCGCGUUUUGGUUGAUGAAAGCAAUGUUCAACUGCCCAGCGGCGAAGUCGUUCAUAACGGCAUGGUCUUCCGCAACUUGUUCCAUCUCCGUAACGAUUCGGCCUACGACACCUUUGUUCCCUGCGGUGGACGUCCCGAAUCAAUUGACCUUUCUACUGUUGGAAAGCUCAUCAAAGACGGCAAAUCCACCAUUCCUUACAUUGUUGAGGGCGCCAAUCUGUUCAUCACUCAGGACAGCAAGCUCCGCCUCGAGAAGGCCGGGUGCAUUCUUUUCAAAGAUGCCUCUGCCAACAAGGGUGGUGUGACUUCUUCGUCUUUGGAGGUCUUGGCCUCGCUAUCUUUCGAUGACCAAGGAUUCGUGGAGAAUAUGUGUGUCGGGGAAGACGGUAGCGCUCCUGCGUUUUAUGGCGAGUACGUGAAGCAGGUCCAGGAAGUCAUCAAGGAGAACGCCACGCUCGAAUUCGAAGCAAUUUGGCGCGAGCACGAGCAGACCGGCCUUCCCCGCAGCGUGCUCAGCGACAGGCUUAGUUUGGCUAUCACACAGCUCGACGAAGAGCUGCAGAAGACAGAGCUUUGGGACAAUGUGGAUCUUCGCCGCUCUGUCCUUAACGAUGCUCUGCCCAAACUGCUACUCGACAAGAUUGGUCUAGAUACGAUUCUCGAGCGGGUUCCUGAGAGCUAUCUACGAGCUAUCUUCGGCAGUCACCUUGCCAGUCGCUUCGUGUACGAGUACGGUAGUGGCCCAAGCCAAUUCUCAUUCUUCAACUUCAUGACCAAACGACUUGCACAGUCCCAAGCAUAGAUCUGUUUAGACAGUCGCGGAAUGAGGACCACUCUGUCCCAUAUGCAUCUUUGAUUCCCACAGUAAUAGUUUACAUUUUGCAGCGUUACAAGUAUUGCUUAGUAUGAGGUUACCUUUUUGUUCAGUUGCAAGGAUACAGAAAAGUGAAGACGUACAAUCUUAAUAGAUAUUUCGAU